AUGUACAAAGAACCAAAAAACGAGAGUGAAUACGAAGCUGAACUCAAAAACGCUCCAGUCGCUGUUGUUUAUCUCACUGCUACCUGGUGUGGCCCAUGUCGUGCUAUCGCCCCAGUUUUCACCAACAUUUCAAAUGCACCAGAAAACAGCAAAAUCACUUUUUUCAAAGUUGAUGUUGAUGCCCUUAAAAAAUUACCAGUUUGUGAAUCACUCCAAGGUGUCCCAACUUUCAUUGCUUACAGAAAUGGUGAAGAACAAGAAAGAUUCUCUGGUGCCAAUAAAGUAGCCCUUGAAAAUAUGGUCAAAAAACUCUUAUAA